AUCAAUCAAUCAAUCAAUCAAUCAAUGACUCUCUCACUUUCCGCUUCCUGAUAUCCGUUUUGCUCCCAAAUGUCCCCUUCAUUCCCAACCACUCGCAUGACAAUCCCACCUCUCUUAUGCAUGGACUCAUCCGUAGUCCGUUUAUCUUCUCUAUCUUCUCUGUGUUGGCUGGUCCACUGUGUGUCUCUUUUUUCGCUUGACUAACAAACAAAUCCGAGGGGGUUGUUUACUCCGUACGGAGUACUUGGGACCACUACUUAUUCUACCUGAUAUACAUGACCCUUGAUUACUUCCAACGCUGCUGGUUUCACGUUAACGAUAUGCAAGAGCAACUGCUCUCUUCACCCUGCUGUUGACUGUCUGCCCCUCUGACGUACUCUACACACACACACACACACACAGUCCACAGCAAACCACUCGGGACCCCCAUUUUGGCGGAGUAUCUAUUCCACAAUGUCAUUCCUCCGCAGGACCGCCGACACAUCCGCCCUUUUCCCAGCCUUUCCGACUUAUCUCUUCCCCUCGGUUCCCUUUCGGCGACGCAAGUCUCGUCAAGCGAGCACCGACAGCGACGUCUCGGUCGAGUCUGCGGUGUCGACCGUCACUACCAUCCUCUCUUCGACUUCCUCGAACCCGUUCCCCAGAUACCCGACCCCCACACCGAUCCCUGCGGCGUCUGCCUCGUCGGUCAUCAUCCCACCAGACGACAAGUUUCUGAACGGUCACACUUCACACAUCCAGUGUGCAAAAUGCUCGACGGACCUCUGCCUCACGUCGCAGAUCAUCAGCAAGGGUUUCACGGGCCGACAUGGGCGGGCGUUCUUGGUACAAGGCACGACGAGCCACAUCCACACCACCGCGUCGGCUCUCCCGAAUACGUAUCAGAGCAAGGCGAUCCCUCGGAACUUGGUCACGGGCCAGCACGUCGUCAGUGACAUCAACUGCGCCAUUUGCCGGAGCAUCUUGGGCUGGAAGUACGUCGAGGCGAGCGAGGAGAGUCAGAAAUACAAAGUCGGCAAGUUCAUCCUCGAAACCAAGCGCAUCCGUAUCGGCGUGUCUUGGGAACAAGAGGAGGAAUCACCGCCGACCAAUCAGGCGUACGACGAGAUCCUGCCUCUCCCCCCUCGUGACCUCAAGAGGCUUGUUGAAAAGCCGAGUGUUCAACGACAAAGCAGUGACGAUUUGGAGUUUGAUUCGCAGGACGAAGAUGAGUGUGAAGAUUUGUUCGCCGGGGUCUGGAGCCCUCAAUUGGCGACCAAGAGAAGACAACGAAAGAAGGAGAGGUUUGGAAGACGUCCACAGGGAAGCAGCCUGAUCAGUUUCGGUGCCAAUAGUAGUGUCGACACCUUGUCAUCACCCUGCAACUGAUCAACGAAACUGUCACACCCAACACACUGCUUACGCCUUCUCUUCUCCAAUGGACCCCGGACGUCAAUCACAAGGACCAGGGAACAGGUGACCCCGCCGUCGAGUCGGCAGCAUGGCCAUCACGUUCUUAAAAUUACCUACGACGCGGUUUUGAUAUUCAGAUACCCCCACUUUUAUGAUUUGGCGUUGGUUACGCUCAUGCAUCAUAAACACGAAUGAUACCCUUUAAUCAUGAAGUUGGAGUUAUUGGCGUUUGCAUUUAUUGUGAGCUUGGUGACACUGAAAUGAAAUGAAAUGAAUGUUGCAAUGGCAUGGAACGAGAGAGAGAGAGAAUGAAAUGUACUUAAUGUAAUUGGUGAUCGAUUGGCGUCGGUGAUGGCGCAUUCAUGGAAACUAGCUAUACUUAUACAUGGCACAAUAAUACCGAAGUUUGGAAGAAAUCCCUUUUUUGCGACAUCGUUACUGUCUAUCUAGUGUUACUGGUAACAGGUAACUAGGACUAUAUACUUUGG